AUGAACAAACAAACUUUCUACAGGCCAUGGGGCUCUUUUCUUGCAUAUGGCACACGCGAGCGAGCAAACUGGUGCAAACAACUGGUCUUUUCAAAACAUGAUAUCGUUGUCUCUUUCUUAGCGCCAGCUCCAAUCGCUAUAGCUCUUGAACACUGUUUCCUUUGUUACGAAAAAAAAGUCGCAUCGUAUUGGUGCAAAGCAGUGUAUUUGUCAGCAAGCAAGGUGCCUGCUGCCGCUGCUAAGUGUCAGCCUCUAGUAGACAAAAUUUCAUUCAUUGAUUGUCGGCAUUUGGCCACGCUUGAUUUGGGCAUCCCACAACCUGCCCACAAGCUCCUCAACCACUACCAUCAUCGAUCAUCCAUGACGCCCACUCAUGACCACCGCACCACCACUGUCACCAAUGGCCACCACAACCCACAACCCUCAUUGACCACCCACAACCAGCCCGGCAUGCCCCAACACCACAAGAACAACGCGGCAAUGCCACAUCACCAGCUCUGGCAAGAAAACGAGUGCCUGCAACAUCAACGCGACAACAAGGACAGUGACAACGUUGUGUGCCAACCCAGAUGUGCCACGUCAUCCCAGAUGGCGACAACAUAUGCCAUCAUCACCGUCCACAGUAGACAGCCACAACCCACCUAG